CAGACGGCCGAGCUGGAAGGCCUCGCCGCAUACGACGGUCGCUGCCCCUCGGUGCGCUCAGCCUUUCUUUCCAGGCCCGCCUCCCGCCUCCAGCCUCGAAUUUCCUUUUUUGCUCACAAUUUCCCCCGGCCCUCUGAGUGCGCUUUCUUUUCUCGGGAAGCGGGGAGUGGAGAAGGAGGAUAAAAAAGGCUCCAGGUGCGAGGCAAAGAUGGAGGAAGGCUCCCAGGCCCCGGACUGGGACAGUGAUGAGACGGUGAUAGACGAGUCGGUGACGGAGAGCGACCUGGAAGAAGAGGAGCUGCCCUGGAGAAGGCUGCUCUUUGAUGAAGACACAUCUCUUAGAUCUGAGUUCAGUCUCCAUCCUGGUAUAAGUGGAAGGUGCAAAGGCAAACUUUCUCCUGAGAUUCAACUUGGGUUUAAACUGAGAGAUAAUCCCCAAGAGCAAAUGAAUAAAAAUAAGAUAAUGCCUCUUAAUGACAAGGCAGUCUUACAGCAACCUCAAGAUGAAAUGGAACAAAGUCAAGCUCUAUUCCAGCAUAGAAAAAGUUUUCCAGUGGUCACUGAAUCAUUGGCCCAGGCUGAACUUUCACUGAACCACCGAAGCAUUCAAGGGCCUGAGGCUGAAAAUCCUGAAAUUUUACCACACCCAGAAAAGACUCUAGAAGAUCCAAAUCCAUUUGGAUUGCAAACUUCAGUUCAUCACAAUGUCACCACUUGUGAUUCACUAUUAAAUAAUAAGGAAAAUUCACAAUCAUUGGAAAAUAGGUCUGACCAGGACACUCUGUGCGUGUUGAGGACAUCAUCCAGACUGAAAGCAGGAAGAGAUGCAAAGCACACAGAUGACAUGUAUAAGAUGUCAGAAAAGAUUUUACAAAAGAUACUUGUCUGUGAGGAUCAAACAAAUAAGAAGUCCUCAACUAAGAAUUUCAGAAUGCAGGAUCCUGCUUUAAUGAUUAAAGGUAAAAGGAAGAAUAUGUGUUCAGCCAGACUCAAGAGUGGAAAACAGAUCAGGAAAAACACAAAACUUGCUGGAAAAAAUGGAAAAAUGAAGAUGAAUGAAAUACCUCUUUCUAACAUUAACCGUAGAAACAUUUUUGGAGAGAACUUACUGUAUCAGGCUGCUCUGCACAAUGACCCUGACCUUGUUCAUCAUUUUAUAGUAAAAGGGGGAAAUGUUAAUCAACAAAGUUAUGCUGGUUGGACAGCACUUCAUGAAGCUAGUGUAGGAGGAUUUUAUCAGACAGCAAGUGAACUAUUAAAAGGUGGAGCCGAUGUAAAUAUCAAAGGAAUGUUCCAGAUCACUCCCCUACACGAUGCUGUCAUAAAUGGACGUUAUCAGGUGGCAGCGUUACUUCUUUUGAAUGGAGCUGAUCCCUUACUUAGAAGUGACAAUGGAAAGUGUGCUUUGGAUGAGGCCAAAGAUUCACGUAUGAAGCGUCUCCUUGAGAAAUAUAUUCCUAAACACCAAAAACAUCUUACAUCAGCUCAAAAGAACAGCACUGACCUAUCAGACAUAGAGGAUGUACACCAGCACAAGAAACCAAAAUUCAGUUCUAAAAAUCUCAUUGGGUUUGUUUGUGAUGAAAAUUCCAACAGACAGAAAUCAGAAGAUGUAAAAGUUGAUAAAGGAAGCAAAGAAGGUUUAUUUAUAAAUAAAGAUGUAUAUGAACAUUACCGAAGAGAUUCCAAAGACACAAAAUUUGGUAAAUCCAUGCAUAAGCAAUCAGCUCUUAACCAAAUACACUCUAUUAGAGGACUCAGAAAAGACAGUCUCCAGGAUAUCAAAGGUCCUAGCACAAAUGUGUCUAAAGCCAGAGGAAGAAGAAACACAUGGCAUAAAAGAACUCAAGUGGAUGAUGCAAAACAAGAACACAUUCCAAGAAAGACAGUCGCUGUUUCUUCUUCCAGAAGAAUAAAUAGAUUGGUUACUGGUCAACAAGAUAUUCUCCAAGGCUUUGCUGACCUUCCAGAACAGUCACAUAAACUUUUUAGCCUAGCUCCAUCAAGCCUGAAAAAUGGAUUAGGUAGUAGUAUGGAGGCUUGUUCAGUUCUCAAAGAGACACAUAUCCACAGCCUGGAUUUAUCAGAUAAUCAGGAAACAAAAUGCUUGGAAUCCACUCAUGGAGCUGAAGCUGUUUUUUUCUCAGGACUUUCCUUACAGAAAGAAAUCAAGUUACCACUUGUUACUACACAGCAGCAGCCUGACACUCACCAAGAACAACAGCACAUUAGCCUUUCUCAUGAAAAUAGUAACUUGGGUCAAAAAGGUGAGAACCUUAAUGAGUGGGAGAAUUCUUUCGCAUCCUUUAUAAAGGAAAAUCUUAGUGAUGAUGAUGAUUGCUAUAUCUCUGAGAAGACUAUAACACCUAAAAAAGUGGUAUGUUCUACGGGUUGCACAAACCACUAUAAUUGUGAAAAGAAUAUAACAAAUAGAGAAGAAAUGGAUUUUCAACAGGUUUUCCCUUCUGAAGACUGUAUUUCACAGGAAAAUAAGUUAAAAGCUUGCAGUCUAACCAUAUUUCCACAACAGGAAGCUGUUGAUUUUUCUGAGUCAGAUAAUACAAUAGGUCCUGAACAACAUGUUGCAAAUUACGGACGAUGCACAUAUGAAACUUCUUUUGAUCAUUCACAUGGCAGUCCAGAGCUUUGUCCAGGAACAUUUUCAACACAGGGAACUUCAAAGUUGACUAGUCAUGUGGAGCUAUUCAAAAGGCCUCAAGAUCCUUUAAUGGAUCAAACAGAUACGCGUACUGUGGAAAAGGUAAAUGAGGGAGAAGACGCUAAAAGGGAUUACAACGAUGAAAGUCAAAAACCAAGUUCUUCCAAAGGGCCUUUGUCUGCAGUUGUUAAUUCUCAUGUAAUAGAAACAACUACAGUUGAAAAAAGGAAACAAGAUAUUCCAGAGAACAAAACCAUACAUAAUACAAUUUUUUAUUCUGCCGACAAUAUUAAUAAGGAAUUGACCAAUGUCUCACAACUUAGACAAAAAGAAGAGAAAGAAAUUUCUCAUAUACCAGGUGAGAAAUUAACUAAUAUCAAUGGAGAUGAAAACUCUGUGAGAAACAGUGAGAAAAAAGAAAAAACAGAUUCUGAAAUUCAAAUGUCUACUGGUAUCCAGAAACACAAAAAAGUCCGGAAUUUGAGAAAAAGACAAAAUUUUUUGAAAGCUACCUGCAGCCAAGCAUUUGGCAGAAAAGAAGCCUCAGUUUUGCUUGGCAAAUUUUCAGAAAUGAAAACAGCUGGAAUCAAUAAGAGGCAUUCCAGAAGGGAAAGCCGGCUUCAUUUGGCUGCCACAAGAGGAAAUUUGUCUCUGGUGAAGGCUCUAAUAGAAUCCGGAGCAGAUGUGAAUGUAAAAGAUAAUGCAGGUUGGACACCACUCCAUGAGUCAUCUAGUAAGAGAUCUAAUGAUAUAAUUGUAGAGUUGUUAAAAGCUGGUGCUAAUGUUAAUUGUGAAAAUCUAGGUGGGAUUCUGCCCUUACAUGAUGUUGCCUCCAGCAGUCAUUUAAAGGCAGCUGAGAUUCUACUACAACAUGGAGCAAACCCAAAUCAGAAGAAUCAAAAGCAGAAUACUGCUUUGAAUGAAGCAGAUGAUGAAAAAACAAAAAAGCUGCUGAAAUCUUAUGAUGCUGUUGAGACUGAUAAUAGAGAUGAAAGUAAUGCCACAGUCACUGUCAAAAUUCCUGCUGCCCGACCAAAAAGACAUAAACAGUGUUUUAGUGACGAAUGCAAAAGUGUUGAUCCACCUUUUCUUGCACACAGAGAAAAAACAAGAGAAAGCCAUCCUGUGCAUCAUACCAUUAGUGCCAUUCUACAAGACAUAGAAGAAAAACAAGAAAGUUUACUAGAAUUUGAAAUAAGAACCCCUGAAGAUGCAGAACAAUACAUUGAAAAGAUGUUAGAGAUAAAAGAGGUUAUGGAUAAUGUGCUUGCCAAACAGAAGGCAGAAAGGGAUGAUCUGGCUAAAAAAUACAGAGUGUCCAUAGAAUCAUUUAAGCAAGGAGUCCUCAGAGAACAACUGGCUAAUUUGGCCACAAGACAGAAGAGCCUUUUAGUUGUGGCAAAAAAACAGAAAAAAAUUAGCCAGAAAAUUCAAAACUAUACAAACAUUACAUCUGCGUCUGGUCCUGGUUUGAAGAGGCUGCCAUCCAGCUCAGAAAUCUCUAGUGAAAAGUACAGCCAAAGGCUUACCAGUCUGGGAAAUUCAGUGCAGCCCCAUUCAGGUUCAUGUUCUCCUGUCAGCCUUAUUUGUGGAAGCAUACAGGAAACACAGUCAUCUCUGGAAAUGUGGAAUGGCAGCCAAAAUACCAACACUUGUGUAGAUUCAGAGACAGUGAGAAGGGAAGAAUUUUUUGGAAAUGAGCUGAAUUCUAAACAGAAUGUCAAUGACGGUACCUUGGAUGGGUUAUCAAAAUCCAGACAUUCAGAUGGCACUAAGAAGAUUAAAUUACCACCCCAGCCUGUUGCUUUUCUUGCUCAAGCAGAAUAUUCACAAAAAGAAAAUGAUCUUACAGAAACUCCAGCCAAAGGGAAUGAAUCUUACAGUAGUCCUUCAGCAGUAACUGGCACAUUAAAUAUUUCAGAGACUACAAGCAGACUUGCCGAAAAUGAUGCCCAUCUAUCAACUGUUAUUUGCAAUCAGGCUCCUACCAAUUGUGAUCCGAAAAGAGGAAACAGGAAAAUAGCUUCCCAGCAGCCACCUAGGGGGACAUUAGAAUCCUUGGCACACCAAGGGACUGAUGCCUUAGGCAGUACUACUGGGCAUCAGAUGAAAUCAUAUCUUAAAAAAUCAGUUUUUGCUGUUCCCCAUGCUCAUGAUGGUGAGAGCUCCUAUUCCUCGGGAUCUGGCCGUCAACAUAUUAUAAAAAACCCUUUAAACAACAGCACAGCUCCCAGAAAGAAAUGUAUGCAGAUAAAAGAUCUGAUAUUACUAGGAAGAAUUAAUCCAGGAAAUAACAUUCUGGAAUUCAAAACACAGGAGACUACUCACAAAGCCAGUGUUUUAUUGAGUGGUAAAAUUAAGGUAGAAAAUGGUCAGAUUUAUCAAAAUCCAGUCACCUGGCUCAAGGAUCUUCUAGGAGACGACAGUUACGUGACUUGGAAUUAUGCUUGGAGUAAGGUAACAUAUCUGGGGAAAGAGCUUGUAAAGUAUGUUUCUGAGGAAAUACCCGUACCCUCAGAGCCAAACAUGGCGCCUCAGCAACAUCAACCUUGUCUUCCAGGAACUUCCAGAGAGUCAAUGCAAAGCAUCCCACAUUAUCUACAAAUAAAAGAAGUUCUAUUAAUCAGCGAUCAAGAAUUUCUCCCAUGCCAUAUAAUGGAUCAACAUUGGAAGUUCUAUGUGGAAUGCGAAGAGCUAACAUUCUAAAACCUUGUUUUCUUAAUAAUUUAAUGGGUAUUUGUUCAUAUUAUUAAGUCACAUUCAUAUUUUAUCUUAUAUGGGCCGGAGGGCCUAUUUUAAUACACACUUUAUGAGUUGCUACUUAAGAUGUGUGUUUACUAUUGUAAGAAAAAAUAGAACUCAAACUAUUGUAGUUAGAUAAAAUACUUUUUUGCCAUUGUAAUAAAGGCAUUUUUGAAUUAAACC